CACAAAUACUCUUAUAGGGCAGCAGCCACUGGCUGGUUUCUGUCCCUGGGAAGCUUCUGAGACCCUGAGACUCAGGAGCCGUGGUCAGGAAGACACUCCUGAGAGUUCCCACGGAGCAUUGGGAACCAAGGACAUUCCAGGUACUGAGCCUGGGAGGCUAGAACCAGGGGGGGAAGUCUUGUGGGUGUGCGGAGUGUCAUUCAGCAGUUCCAGAGGCCCAGUGUCACUAGGCCACCAUGGUCUUUGGCUGGCUAUUGCUUCUGGUGAUGGCUCUGCCCCAAGUCAUGACAGGCGCCAAGGAGUGCAUCUUCUGUGAUCUGACUGACUCCUUGGACUGCAAUGGUAUCCCCAUGACCUGUGGCGAAGACGAGGAGUGCUUCAUGGGCGAAGGGACAGCCCCCGGCCUCAGCUCCAUCAUCAACAAAGGCUGCAUAGAAACCACCUCAUGUGGCAAUGAGGAGGCUGUCACCUACCAAGGCGUCACCUACAGCCUCAUCUCCACCUGCUGUGAUGGCGAACUGUGUAACAGGGCCCACAUCCCCGCAGGCAUCCUGAAGGCGGGGGCCACCACCGGCCUGGCACUGGGCAUGCAGCUGCUGCUUCAAUGACUGUGAUCAGCAUGGAGGGCAGGGCAUGGGACUGGUCUUGGGGCUCCCCUGCUCCUUGUGUCCCCUGUCUCCUCCCCCUCCCCUUUCCCCCAUUGAAUGGCCAGAGGCCUUAGACAAAAAAUAAAAAAUAAAAAAUAA